CGUUGCCGCACCGACACGACGCCCGGCCCGGCCCGCUGACAGUCGCCGCGCGCACGUCACGGCUACGCCAUGCCGAUGCCGCUCUUCAACAAAAACUUAGAUAUUAAACUGCUGAAAUUAGUCAAAGAAUACCCGAUAUUGUACAAUGCGACGCAUUCUAGUUAUUUAAAUUUCGACGCGAGGGAAGUGGUGUGGCAGAAGAUCGGCGAUAUACUCAACAGGCCGGCUCUCGCGUGCAAGUCAAGAUGGGUGAACAUGAGAGACAUGAUGCGUCGGAAGCUGCGAACGCGACAGAUGAAGCCGGGCAGCAUCAAGCGCCAGUACAAGUACAAAUACGAGGAGGAGAUGGCGUUCAUGAUACCGUUUUUCAAAGAAGUGGGGUCCGAACAAGCGCCUCCUGCGCCAGAGUACUCUGAAUUCUACCAAGAAGAUGGCGAGUGUGAGGUCGAGAUGCCUUCAGAGGUCUUCGUCGACUCCAACGUGGAAUUUGAAGAGACUAAACCUUUAACCUUCAAAAAACGGCAAGAGGAACCGAGCAGAGAGUUUAACGAUAGUGUGUACCAGGAGCCGAAUCCUACAGACCCUCUGGACGUCUUCCUCUUAACUAUAGGCACCACCUUGAGGAAAUUCAGCCCACUAUACCUGAACCAGGCGAAGAGCAAGAUAUUCCAGGUGGUGCAGGAUUACGAGCUACAGCAACUACAGAAUUCUGGAAAUGCGGAUACCAGUAAUACUAAUAGAUAGAAUUGAGAUACAUUGGUUACCUUAGCAUAAAAAUACGAAACAGUACAGGCCGGGUGUAAUAAUUGUAUACUAUUCGAUGGCUUUGACCUCAACUGAGACGUGCGUGGAAUUAAUACAACGCCAUCUGUUGUUGAGAAUCUCAAAUUUGUAUUUUUUUUUUCACUGAAAUCGCAGGCAAUUAUAAUUGAUAAGGCGGUCGAAUUAAAAUUAGCUAUAAAAUAGAUUAUAUAUUUGUCUAUCCUACGUUUGAAAAAAAAACUUUAUUGUGACUAAUAUUAUCUGUUAAGAACUUAAUUUUUUUAUUCUAGUGAGGCAUUUAAUGCAAAGAAAAUGUAAAUUGUACAGCCUAUAUAAGCAUUUAGAAUAUUGAGUUUAUUUUGCAUUUUUUUUUAAACAUUGUCCGUAAAUUGGAGAAACAUCACGAUAUGUUCAAUAUUACCUAAGCGGUGUAUUUACUAGAUUUAUUCUAGAAAUGUAAACCAUAACUUACACAAAUUACAAAAUAUGAAUAAUUAGUUUUAUACGACCUAAUAAAAGUUGCAGAAGGUUGCUGGAUGCGUGUCGCUUCCAAUAGGUCUAUUUGGAAAUCUUUGGAGAGGUCCAUGUUCUGCAGUGGACAUUCUGCGGAUGAUGAUAAAGAUGAUACGAGCAGUUAAUUUUUGUACUUAGAUACUUGAUACGUACUAAAGUAUUUGUUAAUUGUUUUGAAACUCGUUAUUAGGCUAAUAAAGAUGCUUUACUGGCAGGUCGUAAGUGCAAAAUGUUGCUGGACCUAAAUCUGCAAUACUUUUAAAUUUAUUGUAGAAAUAGAGGCGCAACUGGUGCUCUUUCCACCCUGUGUAUUUCAUCCUAUGAUGUGAUGAGGGUGAUACUAUUAGCAUAUGAUGAGAUGUUAAGUAGAUAGACCAAAUAUCACUUUGCCCGACCUGCGAUUGAACCCGAGACCUCAGCACUGCAGGCGUACCGUAACAAAUACGCCACAAUUUUAUAACACUGUUUGUCAAUAAAGUGUAAGUAUGGACAUUUACGAAUGCUCACUAAUGUUCAAAUAUUGUUGAAUAUGUUUAUAAUAAAUAAAAUGAAAACUA